AUGCCAUGGUAUCUUGCCAUCAAUUCGACAUGUUCUGGUUUCACCAUCAUUGACGAAGAAACGGGUGCAGAAACAUUUCACUAUGACAUUAUCAAACCACUUCCAUCAAUUUCCUCAACACGUUCCCUCCAACAUGAAGUUGAUUACAUUUCCACCUAUUAUGGUGAUCAAUAUUGUUGUCAAUACUUGGCCAAACAAAAUCAAUCUCUCCAAUAUAAUUCACCAUCAUCUUCUUCAUCAUCCAAUCAUACGAGUUAUGAUUCAAUGUCCUCUCCCACGACACCAAUUUCACUCACUUCAUUCUUUCCAACUUUUGGCUCAAAUUCGGAGACUUCACAACAACAAGCUCUUGGAGGAGGUGCUGGUGGUGGUGCUGGUGGAUUUGAUUCUCCAAAUUAUGGAACAAAUUCUUCACCUCUAUCAUCAUUUGGUGGAAAUAGUUCAAAUUCUUCAUCAUUUCUUCUAAAUAGUGUUGGUGGAAAGAGAGCAAUUGUUGAAUCGAGUGCAGUUCUGGUGAAGGAUAGAACUUCCAAUGAAUUGUUGGUUAUUAAACCUGUCUAUUUGAAGGAGGAUGAGGGUGAGGAUUUUGAAACUAAAUUUCAACAGAAACUCAAUAAGAAAUUUUCCUUACUUUCAAUUUACAACUUGCUCAUUCAAGUUGCUUCUACUUUGAGUGGAAUGAAAGUGAAACAGAGUUUAUCUGCCCUUUCCAAAUCAGAUUCAACUAUUUCAGAAAGAAUUUCAAUUGCUUCGAGUAGUGAAAUUGAUGAUUAUGUUCAGGAAGUAUUAUCUAGACAUGGACAUUUGACACUUCACAAUAUUCUUGUUGAAUUUGAGCAAACAGGUCAUUACAAGUACUUUUUAACAAAUUUCCCAUGUAUGCAAAAGAAUCUAAUCAAGAAGAAUGUUGUCAUUUCAGAUGACAAUAAGGAAAAUGAGAAGCUAUUGCAACAUUCUCAUUUCGAUUACAUUUUAACACCUGUCCCACCAGAAAAUAUCAAUUAUCCUGAAGAGUUUUAUGGAACAACAGAGUUUGAUGAUCGAUGGGGUCUGGGUAUUUUACUCUAUCAAUUAUUGACAUGCAAACCUGUUUGUUUUGAAGAGGAUGAUCAGAAGGAAAUGAUGAAACUCAAGGAACGUCGUUCAUUGGAUUUGCAUGUUGUGAAACAACAGUUGGAAACUUACCUCUCUCAGGGCGAUUUUGCAGUUGAACACGAGCCAAGCAAUUUAGGUGUUUCCCAAGUGACAAAAAAGAGAAAGAAGCAAUUGGAGGAAGAACUCUUACAGGAUGCCAAAGCAUUGGUAGACAUUACAUUAUCUCUAUUGUCAAGUUCUGAUUUUGAUAGACCAAAUCCAUGUGAUAUUUUACAAAAUGAAUCUGUUCUCAAAUAUGCUAAAAUGAUUAACGAAGAUAUUGAAACCAAAGGAAAGGAAUAUACUCAACAAAUUGAAAAUGAUUUAUUAAUUGUCGAUGAACAAAAGCAAAACUCUCAAAAUACUACUCUCUUCCCAGAAAUUACCCAAAAGGAUUACCUUUCUCUUCAGUUCUUCUUGGCCUACCACAAGGAAAAAGGAAUUGAUGAUAGGUGGGAUGCCAACUUUUUCAGACAGGAGAGAAUUGGUCAGGAGAGUAUCCUUCCGAUUACUGAGUUGGCUUGCAGUUCUUCUUUGAAAUCAUUUGUGCUUUCCCUGAUAAGAAGUUUACGAUUGAACAUCUUGUUUGAUUUUAGAAAGGAGGUCAAUCUUCCAACAGAUUACAAAAUGUUGAAAACCACAGUAUUGAACAUUCUUUCAUUCCAAAAUAAGAAGAAAACCAACGUAUCAUUCAAACAUGUGAAAUCAUUCAUGGGUCAAUCACUUCCUCUCGUUCAAGAACUGAUUGUUAUCAUUGUUCUGUUAGAGAGUAUAGAAUUCUUAUUGGAAUCAGAUUUUGAAUACUAUUCAACAUGUCCUUUAGAAUAUUCCAGUAAGGUUCAACUUUUUGGUCAAAUUCAAAAGAUUGAAGGAGAAAUCAAAUCACUCAUUUCCAAAAAUGAAAUUGAAAGCUCUCAAUUCAGAAUUGCAACUCGUCUCACAAAGAAGGAAAAUGAAGUGAGAUACUUUAUCGAUAGAUAUACUGCACCAUUGGCAACUAAGCUCAUUAACGGCCUCACCAAAGCAGAUCCACCAGUGAAAGGAAAUAUUGUCCUCUCACUAGUGAGAUAUAUUGUUAGUAAUUGUUUCCAAAAGGAACAUCGUUGGGUCAUUGUUGGAAAUGAAGGUAAAAUGGAAGGCAAAAUGUUUGGUUUUGAUGAUAUUUACCUGAAUAAGAAGAAGAGAAGUCGUUGUUCAUUGAACUUCUCCUAUCUUCGUGAUUAUAUCAAUGCUGAAGGAAAUCUUCAACUUCAAAUGACAUUUUCAAAGAAUGGUGAUAGGGAAGUUUUGUUUGCUGACAAACUAGAUAAGAUUAAUGAUAAGUGUAAGAUUCAGAGAAGAAUAUUCCUUGUUAGUGAUUUGGCUGUUUACAAUAUUGAUCCUUCCAAUUUUAAGGUGAAGAGACGAGUUGAUAUUUCAGAUAUUGAAAGUAUCUAUGUUAGUACAUACACUGAUGGAUACUUUGUCCUCAAGGUUCCAAACUCGUACGACUUUUUGUACUCUUCUUGGAGAAGAACUGAGAUUGUUGCUGCCAUUCAAAAAGUUAAGAAUAUUCCAAUUCAUGUUUCGAAUAGAUUCCCAUUCAACCCAUCAAAGGGUGAUAACAGACAUGUAGUGUUUGUGGAAGAUAUGAAAGCACAAAAAUCCAAUGUAAAGCUCAGUAAGAAGGAAUACAUUGUGACUGUCAGACCUCCAGAAGCUGAUCCAAUCAAUAUUGAAUCAGUUUGUGCCUUAGUGACCUAUGCCAAAUCAACAGAGCAGAAAGAAAUCCUAUUGGAUCCAUACGAUAUAACAACCAUCAAACUUCCACUUAGUGCAUCCUAUCGUGUGAAAUUUGUCUUUUAUGCCAACACUGGUUUGAACUGUUUCUUGGAUGAAUUUAUCAAGAGUGAUAACGAAACAGUGUUCCAAUUAUUAUUAGGUCAAUUCGAAAAGAAUGAAGAUAAGGUAGUGUUAAUCACUGAUCUGAGAAAUGUUGGUGAUUACUUUGCAUUGAAAGCAAAGAAAACUGUCUGCACCAUGAAAAUUAUGGACACUGAAAAACAAGCAAUUCAUACCCAACAAUUCAUCAUUGAAUAUGAUAUGCAAUAAAGUCUUGGAUGAAUAU